AAUUUCAAACCCGGAAACGGAAAUGUGAAAAAGUCUGUGACAAAGGACUUUGGUCCCAGUGUUUGGAAGAAGAAGCCUCUUUCUUUUAGUGUCUGAGCAGGAAGGGGCUCUGCAGACUGUUUGCCCUGGAUUUGCACCAGCCAGGAGAAGAUGACUUCUGUGUGUAACUAUGUUUUGCUUCAUACUGGACAAAAGAUGCCUCUUGUAGGACUGGGGACAUGGAAAAGUGAAGCUGGGCAGGUGAAAGAAGCAGUAAAAUAUGCUCUUAGUGUAGGCUAUCGUCACAUUGACUGUGCUACAGCUUACAGCAAUGAAGCAGAGAUAGGUGAUGCUUUCCAGGAGACUGUUGGGGAUGACAAGACUGUUAAGAGGGAAGAACUAUUUGUGACAUCAAAACUAUGGAAUACCAAGCACCACCCUGAAGAUGUGGAACCAGCUUUAAAGAAAUCCCUACAAGAUCUGAAGCUGAAUUAUCUGGAUCUCUACCUCAUGCACUGGCCACAUGCUUUUGAACGGGGAGACAACCUCUUCCCCAAAAAUCCUGAUGGCACUAUGCGUUAUGACUACAUUGACUAUAAAGAAACUUGGAAAGCCAUGGAGAAGUUGGUGGAGAAAGGUUUGGUGAAGGCUAUUGGGUUAUCCAACUUCAAUAGCCGACAGAUUGAUGAUAUCCUCAGCAUGGCUUCUGUCAAGCCAUCUGUAUUACAGGUAGAAUGCCAUCCUUACCGCCAGAAUGAACUGAUAGCUCAUUGCCAUCAGCGAGGGCUGGUCGUAACUGCUUACAGCCCUCUUGGUUCACCUGACCGGAUGUGGAAGCACCCAGAUGAGCUGUGCUGCUGGAAGAACCUGGAAAUAAAAAAGCUGGCGACAAUACGGCAAAUCUCCUGCUCAGAUUCUCCUCGAGGUAUGUCCUCUGUUAUUUACAUACUCAAAUGCUUUAUAGAGGAGUUCAAUGGAGAUAGGUAA